AUGGAGACAAGUAGAGCUGUGGCUGAGGCAGCUAGACUGGUGGUCUCUCAGGAGGGGAGAGAUUUAGCAGAGUUCAGGGGAUGUCAGCCUCCUCAGUUCAAGGGGGAUUCAGAUCCUGAUGUGGCAGAUUAUUUACAUGCUGGGGGUGAGGCUGAGUACUGGUGGAGAGGCACCAGGCAGAUGUUAGAGAGCAGGGGUGUACUUGUUGAUUGGGAUUGCUUCAGGAGGGUCUUUUUGGGGAAGUAUUUCCCGGACAGCGUUAGAUACGCUAAGGAGGUGGAGUUCAUGAGACUACAUCAGGGGAGCUUGUCUGUUUCUGAGUAUGCUAUGAGCGGUAAGGUUGCUAGAGUUCAGGAGGGAUCAUCUAGGUCCAGGAGGGGAGGCCAGCAGAGGGGACCUUAUGACAGACCUGUACAGUCUCAAAGAGAAGCUGUUAGUAGGGGACCUCGUCCUGCUACUCCUCAGGGUGGAGCUCAGGCUGUUAGAUGUUAUCAAUGUGGUGGGCCACAUUUUGUCAGAGACUUCCCUUCUACACAGCCCAGGUGUUUUAGAUGCAGUAAGUUUGGCCAUCUGGCCAAGGAUUGCCCAGUUGGGGAAAGUCAGUCUGGAGUUUCUUAG